GUGGGGAACCUUUCUGUUUUGUCUAGGGAGAGAUGCCUUUUUGUAAUACCGGUGUAUGUAAACAAGGAAGCGCUUUUUAUGUGUCAAGACAAGGAGAAAUAUAAAAUACAGUGACUGGUUUAAUUAAGCAUAUUUAUGAUAUAUUUAAAAGCGUAACCGCUGAAAACAGAAGAAAGCGUACUGAAACGGACGCAUUCAGAAACGAUAGAGUAUAUUUAGCGUGUUUUCUACGGCAGACGUGGAGUGUUCGUCAAGUCAAACUGCUGCACUGUACAAACAAAGCAAAGACGAGGUCAGAUAUUAAAUAAAAUACGCAACAUGACAGUUUAGCAGUUCGACUUUCAGUUUUGUGUGUAAUGGUUGUAUUCACAUUAUAAAUUAUUUACAGUAAAUAUUUGCAGUUAAACGUUAAAAUGUUCUUUGGAAUUUAGAACUCCAAGUAGGACACAGGAUAUAUGCUGUCAGACACUGUACCUGUACGUGAUAUUAAUAUACCCAAUACAAAACAUAAUAAUGUAUACAUUGCAUGGGAUGUACAGUCGGUAGGUAGUUUAAACUGUUUGCAUUGGAACCAAAUUGUGGUAUAAUUGUUGACAGGUUAGUACAGUACAGUAGAUAACGUGAAAGAGGGUUUGUUUGCAUCAGGACCAUGUUCGGGAAACCGUCUGGCUACCACACUGUGCCACAGCGCGACAGCGUGUUUCAGUCUAACCCGGGGCUUUAUGUAUCUGCUGAGAAUUUCAUCCAGUACAGCCAUGCGGGCCAUUCAUUCGAUUAUAUCCCAAAAAUCACUGAGAACGAUUUUACAGACAGAUCGGAAGGCUGGAUGUCGUGGAUGUGCCACAGGAUAGUCAUAUUUCUUGUAUUCCUGUUUACCUUCAUAACUUUCCCUGUAUCAGGUUGGUUCGUACUCAAGGUUGUCCCCAAUUAUGAGAGGAUCGUUGUAUUUUGACUGGGCAGGAUUGCCCCCCCCCCCCCAAAGGGACCUGGAGUUGUUUUGGUCCUGCCAUUUAUUGAUCUGUGGCAGAAGAUAGACCUCCGGACAAGAGCGUUCAAUAUCCCACCUUGCAAGGUGACAACCAAAGAUGGCGGAGUGAUCUCCGUUGGCGCAGAUAUCCAAUUCUGCAUCUGGCAUCCUGUGAUGUCAGUGGUGGCAGUCCAGGACCUAAACACUUCAACCAGGCUCACUGCUCAGAAUACCAUGACCCACAACCUCAUUAAAAAAAUCCUGAGAGAGAUUCAGAUGGAAAAGAACAGGCUGGGGGAAAAGUUAGGGGUGGAGAUCAAUGACAAGACCCGGCCCUGGGGGCUGGAGGUAGACCGCGUGGAGCUGACUUUAGAGUCUGUGUUGAAGCCUCCUGAUGACUCGUUCUCCGGGCCCCUGAUUAUGCCACCCUCUAUCCCCGGAUUGGAGGGGCUCAGCGGGCCCAUCCAGCAGCUGGCCAUGCAUUUCCUUGGCAAUGGCAGCAGCUCAGAAACUAGUCAUAGCAAAGACAGUGUUUCCAUGGUGAAUGAGAAAGUCCCUACUACCCCGCUGGCUGAGGCACGCCUGAGUGCCGAUGAGCUCCUGUCUGCUGUGGAGCUGCUGCUCUCGGAGAAGCUGGUUAGCCAGGUGGGGGCGUGCUUCCAGUUCCACAUUGCUCUCCGCGACGGAACUCACAAGACAUAUUUUCUUGACCUAAGCAAGGGUGCUGGUAGAGCUGGCCAUGGAAUGCCCGAUCAGAACCCUGAUGUUGUGUUUCAAAUGACAGAGGAGGAUCUCCUGGCGAUGUUUGGGGGCACCCUCCGACCAUUCGGGGCCUAUACCAGCGGGCAGCUGAAGCUCCAUGGAGAUCUGAAAACUGCCAUGAAGCUGGAGGAAGUCAUUAAAGUGAUGAGGCAGUAGUGAUGUGAGCGGUUUACUGAAGAACCACUGAUGUUAUCUAAGGUGGAGUUGUCAUUGUGUUUUGAGCACAGGGUUUGGAGUAAGGGCAUCCUGGUUUGGAUCCCACCUAGGCCAUUAAUUUGCUGGUGUGUUAUGGUGUGUCCUUUGACCUACCCUAACUAAAAAUGUUUUUCUCAGUUUAAGAAUUCCUUCUGUAGGAGGCACGUGAACAUGUUUUACACUGACACUUUUAACUGAAAAUUGCACUGAAACCUCUUUUGGGUAUUCCCAAGCACACAUUCUUAAGGGUUCUGAAUCUAGAUCAUGAUGACGGCAGUCUACCCUCUAAUUAGUGUGAAAAUGAAGGUUAAGUCUUAAUAACCACCUGUCCAACUUGAAUUAAACUUUGGAUUAAUAUUAUGUACAGAAAGUUAUUCAGUAUACUGUAUGUCAUAAAGACCCUAAUUUUACAGGACAUCUGACACCUAAAAUUACCAGAACUAAUGAAGCAAUAUCCUGGGAAGCGGUUGUCUGUUUUCAGAAAUCUGUACAUGAGUCAGAUCAAUGGGUCCUGUAAUGGGUUGUUUAUCUCUUCACCAGGGUUGUGUAUGUUACUGACAAACUGAGUCAAUUUGGUAGCACAAUCAAGAAAUCUGCCACUGGGGCAAGAUACAGUGCUUGUAUUGUGUAAUUUUUGUACUGCUUUUAUGAUAUAGUUGGGAUUAUUUAUAAAGCAAUUUAUUAUACACUCAUAACUCAUGGCAGACUUUGGCUUUUCCCUAACCUGCAACGUCACACGUUUCCACUGAAACUAUCCUAACACAUUGCAUACAUGUGUUUCAGCAGUAAUUCGUAAUUCCUGUUCAUUGUGGUAGGUCUUUGGUUUCUCUAGGCAUUGGCUGCACAAAAGUCACUGCAUUGCAUGUCAUUGACUUCAGCUCCUAGUGUAGAGAGGUGGCUGACACAACCUGCAAGGUGUACGAUACAAUGUUGAUUUUUAUAUAGCUCCUUUCAUGUGAUCUAAAAGUGGUACUAUUAGGCUAAAGCAUUUCAUGGUGCUGAUUUACUUUGGAAAGUUUAUUCUUUUAUAUGUGUGUGUGUGUGUGUGUGUGUGUGUGUGUGUAAUUGCAUUGCCAGUGGAGAAUAACGUUGUUCCCUUUGUAGCACCCUAAGAGUUUGUGUGUGUAGUGGCUCAUUAUCCUCAGUAGAUGGCAGUGUGGAAUAGGAAUGUGUUCUGCCCUUCUGUCUGUCCCUAUGUCACACUUUAUGUUUUCAUGUACAUAUGGAGCAUGUAGGUCAGUGACAUGUGUAACAAGGCAGGGAGGGGGGUUAAUAUCCUCCCUGCCAGAAACGUGUAUUUGUUUGCUUAUUUUGAUUAUUGUUGAAUUAAGAUUUAUUAGUUAAUUAUCACCUGCACCUGGCUAUUAUUGUAAAUUAGAGCCGGGUGCAGGGUAUUUAAAGAAAGCAGACAGUUUGCUGGAGGCUGCCGCUGUGUGAAGGAGCCUGAUUGAAUGAGUGCUCAAUCGUAUGAGAAAAAAGUAUUGUGUGAAGCCUUUUUGUGACUUGUUAAAAAUGGUGUGUUUUUGUUGUUUUGUUUUGUAGCCGGUAAACAGCUGAGCUGUCCGGCGAUAGUUAGGUUCCUGACGUGUGUAGUCAGCGCUCCAAAAACGGAGUUAAGUUUUUGUUUUUCGUUUUGUUUAUUAAAAAUAGCGUGUCAGCGCUUUAAAAUCUCAAGUCUUUGUGUCCUGGGUCAUUUUUAAAGGGGCAUCGAACCGCGGAGAGGAAGCCCGGUUUACACAUGUCAUUAAUUUCCUCACUCUAAUUUUGUAAUGCUCAUGGCCACGCCAUAGACCUCAAACACAAUACACAGGCCCAUUACAGAUUGAUGAUGUACAACCUGGAGAC